UUGCAACGUUAAAGCGUCCAAUUUUGCUCUCGAGGAAAAAGCCGCUUUAAUGGCGCUGACAAUUGCAAAAUUUCGAAAUUCCAGCGGUGUACUGGUGCCCGCACCACCCACCGUGGUCUUACGCCCGAAAACACAGGAUCCCCAGCAAAUAAUAAAGAAACCUUUCGCAAAAUUGGAGCCGGGAAAUGCCACAGUGAGGAUCACUUCGGGGGGCAUAGUGCUCAACAAAAUGAACAUGAAGAGAGCAGCACCUUUGCCUUUAACGACAACUGGAGCAGCAACAACAACAGCAACAGCUGGCACAGUGGGAUAUCCCAUCCUCAAGACGCCCAAAUAUGUGAUUCAGCCCAGUCCCAGUGGAUCCUCCGGCAGCCAGUUGCAGAUGCUGGGGAGAAAGGACUCGCAAAGCCUGGGCGUCGCCAUCAGCUCCCUGCCGCCGAACACAAUCAUCAAGGCCACCACUAGGCCAGCACAAAGUGCUCCUCUGACACCGGUUACAGCUUUGGUCACCCCAUCGCCAUCCACAUCGAGUAGUAGCAGGAAUUCCACUCCCACCGUGGCAGCUGAUUCCAGAGUUUCCUCCGCCGUGCGACAAGCGGUUUUUAUCAAGCGGGAGCUUCCCCAGCCGCCGCAGAGGAGCAUGAGGAGUCUAACACUCAGUUUGGUGGAACAGGCACCACUCCUUCACUUGGGUGUGGCUCCAGAGCAUCUGUCCCUGCUAAAACGACACAUCUGCCGCAGCGCCAAUGUCGCGCAUCUGGACUGUUGCAUAACUCUGAGGAAACUCCGGCAGAACGAGCCUUUUGCUCUGUUAGCAGCUCACUUCGAGCUAAGUGAAUCGGAUGCCGAGGAUACGUUUAAGCGCACGCUCAUCAAGCUGGCGCGUUACCUUAGACCCUUAAUCCGCUGGCCAGAUGCCCGGCACCACAACGAGCGGUUCAAGCACACGCCACUGGACUACCGGGCCAAUCUGCUGCAUGUUCGCUCUUUAAUAGAGUGUGUGGAAACGGAUAUACCCAUAGAUUUAGGCUUAGGCAGCGACACCUACAAGUUCAUAUUCUGCAUCAAUACAAAUGGCAUAAUCAGUUAUGUGUCCAGCGUUUUUCCGGGCCAUUGCGAUGAUCUGCAGUUGUUCGAGGCCAGCCAAUUUCGAGAUGUCAUCCCCAAAUAUCUUACACUCUGUGCGGAACCGGGAAAAGCUGUGCCCCGUGCUCGCCGGUCGGAGAUUGACGACUCAGCGGAUGAGGAUGAUGAACCGAAGCGAGCGCUUAGCAAGUUCGAGGCACAGCGUUUGGGUGGUCAGUUGGCCAACCAGCAAUCCCUAAAUGUUGUAGAUGGAGCACUCACUUCGAGGCGAGCGCCUGCGGUCCAACUGCCCACGUUUAAGGCCCAAGAACCCGCCUGCAGGGCACAGAUGCGGGAUAUGAUCGAUUGCCUUAGGGAAUUCCGGAUACUCGGUCAUUCGGCCAUUCAACAGAAAUCGUUGCUGGGGUAUCUUGAUGAAAUGCUCGUGGUUGCAGCUGCACUUUGUAACCUUAAGCGUCAGGAGCUGCAAUCUUAAUUGUUAGUCUGCGGGGAGGCCUGUUUUAGGGCCAACUAGGUGUUCGUUUUUCUAGUAAUAAAUUAAAUAUUUUUGAUAUCGUAGAGACUAAGAAACUACUCAUUUAAAUGCUUGUUAGCUUGAAAUAUUAGAACAUCUGUUCUACUAAAUUGUAAAACUAAUUUAAAUUUUUGAGCUUUUUGUUUUUAUCUUGCAAUUUACUUUUAUUUUCACAGCUACUAGUCUCAUAAUUUCUCAGUCAGACUCCCGUUUUUGUUUGAUCAGCUGCCCCAUAGAAAAACACUCGCAGUCGUAUAUCUUUUAUGUUUUUGCUUUAUUUACUUUACAAAAAUACAAGCAAAACUAAGUACAUAUUCAACGAAAGUUGUUCAAUGAACCAGGGCAACAUUGCCAAUCGGAGUUUGCAAUAUUAGAAUUUGAAGAAUACAUUUAUGUCGCAUGUAUAUAGAUAUUCCAAAGGGUCGCUCCUUCUCUCUUAGGGGGUAAUAAAAUUAAAACUUGCUUAGUUAAUAAGUGACUCUGCGUACUAAUAGCUAAACAUAUUGUAUAUUGUG